AUGGAUGAAUACACAGCCGAAGCCUUCGCCAACCGCGACGAGCCCCUACCGCUCAUCGCCGGCUCUCCUGGCGAUGUGGACGGCUCGUCCUCCGAAGCAGAUAUCGCAAGCCAGAGGCAGAAGUCGAAGAGGGCCCGGCCGCCUUCGCGCCUGAACACUCAGCUUCAAGAGAGCGCCACUUCUCCGCCCGAGAGAAACGAAGCCACUCCCCUUUCUGGAGGGAGAAUGUCUCUUCAGGAUCGCCUGUUUUCAAAAGUCCUUCAACAAGUGGUCCCAACCGAUGAUGGUCAUGAUGACCCGUCCUCCACUCCAACGCACCUCCACUCAAGCGCAUCUGUUUCUCGCCCGGCAUUUAGCCUGCCAUUAAUGACAUACAACUUCCGCCGCUUCAACGCCCGGAUCGGUAUUGUGUUCGUCUUCCAGUACCGCAUCAACCGCCUCCUCACCUGGCGGAAGCCCACACACACCUUAUCUCUCCUAGCAACAUAUUCAUUUAUCUGUCUCGACCCGUAUCUCCUCAUUGUGGUACCGCUGGCCAUUGCAUUAUUCCAUAUCAUGAUCCCGGCGUUCACCUCUCGCCAUCCACCGCCUCCCAGGUCAACAAUCAGCAGCGCCAACAUGACGACAGAAUACCAUCAAGCCUACACGGGUCCAGCCCUCGCCCCCGCCGCCGUCAUAAAGCCUGCCUCUGAAACCUCAAAGGACUUCUUCCGCAACAUGCGUGAUCUGCAGAACAGCAUGGCCGACUUUAGUAACGUCCACGACUGGCUGGUGGCUAAUGUCACGCCGGCGACGAAUUUCUCGGACGAACGGUUUUCCUCCCAACUGUUUUUGUAUCUCAUCAUCCUGACCACGCUAUCCUUCAUCACUGCACACCUGCUGCCCUGGCGAUUAAUUUUCCUCGUCUUGGGAUGGGCUGUCAUCAUCUCCUCCCACCCGAGGGCACAGGCUUGGUUAUUGAAAAUGCAAAAACAAGCUGAAGUUGAAACAACCCUCGCCCUUAAUGACCCUAACCUGAAACACCAAAAGUACAUCCACGGCAUUCCCCUCCCCGCCACACCAUAUGCGAUCCAGUCUGCAUUCACUACAUUCUCUGAGAUUACCCUGUCAACGACGCCAGAGACAAGAGAAGUCGAGAUCUUCGAGCUACAGCAUCGCCCCUUGGCCAGUAUUGCUUCUAGUGACAAAGCAGCCGAAUGGCAGCCCCACCUCUUCACGCCUUCUCCCUAUGACCCUCUCUCCCCAGCACGAAUUGCAGGCGACAGGCCAAGGGGGACGCGGUUCUUCGAAGAUGUCGAACCGCCAGAGGGAUGGGAGUGGGCCUCCAAAAAGUGGGAGUUAGACCUCGAAGCUGGGGAGUGGGUCAAUGAGAGACUCGUUGUGGGCGUGGGGUACGAUGUUCUCAACCACGACUCUCAAGAUAUCGAUGGGCUAUUAAGAAUCACCACAAACCGAAGAGAAAGCAUCAAUCUCGACUUUGGCGGGUGGGUAUGGGAUCUCCCACCGCCUCCCGGGUCCGGGGUUAACAGAGAUGAUGACCUAUGGCUUGCUUACGGGGAUUAUGAUGUUCCUAGAGUAGGUGUGCAGAACAAUUCCAAAGAAGAGGAAAAGGCGAGGAAGAAAAGGGAGAAGGAGCGGGAAAAGAGGGACAAGAAGGAUAAGGGUGGCGCGGUGAGGGAUUGGGAAGAGGCAACGAGGAUGGACAAUCGAGGGAGGACCGGGGAAUGGAGAAGAAGACGCUGGGUGAGAUUGGUCAAGAGGAGAGUGGCCGUCUGA